CAAUCAAAGAUGCGCCGUCCCAGUUCCUGUUCUUAUAAAUGUGGCUGGAUCCAGAGUCUCGGUACCGGAGAAUGAGAGAGAUACAACAGAGACAUCACACGCCAAGACACUGGACCCGUCCGUCCUUUAGUUUUUAUUUCAAUUUCCUCUUUUAUCCAGGUGUGCUAUAGUAGGAAGUAACAUGGCGACAUCCGCCAGCUCCACGUUGUGCAAAGCUGUCAAGCAGCAGUACAUGGAGCUCCCUCAGGGGGAGAAGGUCCAGGCCAUGUACGUUUGGAUCGAUGGAACCGGAGAAGGGCUGCGCUGCAAAACCAAGACCCUGGAUUCUGAGCCCAAGUGCAUCGAAGAUAUACCGGAGUGGAACUUUGAUGGCUCCAGCACCUACCAGUCCGAGGGCUCCAACAGCGACAUGUACCUGAUUCCUGCUGCCAUGUUCCGCGAUCCAUUUCGCAAGGACCCCAACAAGCUGGUGUUGUGUGAAGUGCAGAAGUACAACAACAAAAAUGCAGAGACUAACCUUCGGGCCACGUGUAAGAAGGUGAUGGACAUGGUGUCAGAGCAGCACCCCUGGUUCGGCAUGGAGCAGGAAUACACCAUUCUGGGGGUAGAUGGACACCCGUUUGGCUGGCCGUCUAAUGGCUUCCCAGGACCUCAGGGUCCGUACUACUGCGGCGUGGGAGCCGACAAAGCCUACGGCAGAGACAUCGUGGAGGCCCAUUAUAGAGCUUGUCUUUAUGCUGGAGUCCAAAUUUGUGGCACAAAUGCAGAAGUGAUGCCUGCUCAGUGGGAGUUCCAGGUUGGGCCGUGUGAAGGAAUCAACAUGGGUGAUCACCUCUGGAUGGCACGCUUCAUCCUGCAUCGCGUCUGUGAGGACUUUGGCGUCAUUGCCUCCUUUGACCCCAAACCAAUCCCUGGAAACUGGAACGGCGCCGGCUGCCAUACAAACUUCAGCACGAAAGAGAUGCGGGAAGAAGGUGGAUUAAAAGCCAUCGAAGACUCCAUAGAGAAGCUCGGGAAGAGGCACCGCUACCACAUCCGGGCCUACGACCCCAAGGGGGGGCUGGACAACGCCCGCCGCCUCACCGGCCACCACGAGACGUCCAACAUCAACGAGUUCUCCGCCGGCGUGGCCAACCGCGGCGCCAGCAUCCGCAUUCCCCGCAGCGUGGGCCAGGAGAAGAAGGGCUACUUCGAGGACCGCCGCCCGUCGGCCAACUGCGACCCGUACGGCGUGACGGAGGCCCUCAUCCGCACCUGCUUGCUCAACGAGGAGGGGGACGAGCCUGUGGAUUAUUAAAUCCACACGCCCACCCCCAUCCCCACCCCCGACGUUGUCUUUAAACUAGUACUGUAUCUUCUCCCACUGACACUGUUUUAACGUCAUUUUAAUGACUUAAAGUUGGCUGGUGAACUCGACCAUGGGGGUGGGGGGUGUCCUGGGUGGGUGGGUAGGAGCUGGUCAUGGCAGGGUACGUCUUUCUCAACUUCUUUAGGAGGGAACGACUUUUUUUUAACACUUGUUUCUAGACCCAUGUCAUUUUUCCACUUUGUCUAACUAUAAAAAAAUGAACUAAAGCACAUGGACAUGGAGUAGAGCUGCUAAGGCUGGACAGCAUGUGUAACACCAUAAAUCUGACUAAUUCAUAUACUGUACAUGUAUGUUGACCUGCCUCUUCAACUAUCAGUCUUCAAUGUUACUAAUGCUUUGAUUAUUUUUUUUUUAUUAUUAUCAAGUGUCUCUUUUGUAAAUGGCAUGGUUUCUUGUCAGAUUUCAACACACUGGGUCAUCUCGUGUGGUACGUUUUCUAGGUGUCUGUACCCAGAUGGAUGUUGUUCAAAUGUGGUGGAUCUGUGCAUAAUGCCAUUUGUAGAUUUCCUAAGGAGUUUUAUCCUUUUAACUGCAAUUUAUUGUAAUGCACCUGAUUAGGUAAGAUGUGUUUACUGAACCUGGUGUUUUUAUUGAUACAUUUAAAACUUUUAUUUUAUCACA